CCCGCCUUUCCAACUCCAUUUUAUCUUCAAUUGUUCCCUUCCCUUGCAGAAAUUCAAGCAAAAGGAGCACAAAAUUCUCCGAAUGAUCCUCCUGCCCGUCGCUGUCACCCUGGAGAUCUCACAGACCAAUCAAAUCCAUCCACCUCAUCACCGCAACAAAUGCGAUCCUCCACCACUGCAACCACCAAAGCCGCGAACUCCCUAAUAACGAUCGAACACAAUAGGGAUGCAUAUGGAUUUGCUGUGAGACCUCAGCAUGUACAAAGAUACCGAGAAUAUGCUAAUAUCUACAAGGAAGAAGAGGAGGAAAGAUCAGGUAGGUGGAAUGAUUUCUUGGAACGCCAAGCAGAGUAUGCUGGACUGCCUAUGAACGAGAUGCCCUCGGAGGAAGAAAAUGAGGUCUCACGCAUCGAAGCUGCAGAGGAUGGGAACAAUGAAGCACAAAAGGGAGAUGGAGACAAUUUAUGCAAAAAGAAGUCUGAUUCUGAUAGUCUGUCUGAGAAUGAUGAUACAGAAAAAGAGAAGGUGCUGUAUGCACCUGAGAAAAUAGGUCAUCGGACCAAAAUAUGGACUGAAAUUAGACCAUCCAUUAGGGUCAUUGAAUAUAUGAUGACUAUCAGUAUUCAGAAGACAGGUGGUGUAUCAAAAGAAGAGCAAGAAACUGGUCAAACGAAACCAUUAUCUCCUGCAGGAGAUGCUAGAUGCACAAAGGGAGCACCAGAGGAAGAUUCCGAGGAUGAAUUUUAUGAUGCUUAUUCUGAGAGAUCUGACCCAGGCCAAGAUGCCCCUACAAUUGACAACACAGACACCAUACCAGGUGCUGCUGAAAAUGCAGCUCCUACAGAAUCUUUACAUCCUUGGAAAGAAGAGUUGGAAGUUCUUGUUCGUGGUGGUGUGCCAAUGACUCUUAGGGGAGAGGUUUGGCAAGCCUUUGUUGGUGUAAGGACACACCGAGUAGAGAACUACUACCAGGAUCUGCUUGCCAAUGAAACUAACACUGCCAAUAACACUGAUCAAAAGAGCUUCCAGUCAUAUAGUAAGGACUCAACCACCAAGUCCAUAAGUGGGCAUGAGAAGUGGAAGGGACAGAUUGAGAAGGAUUUGCCGCGAACAUUCCCUGGUCAUCCCGCUCUGGAUGGUGAUGGUAGAAAUGCUUUGAGACGGUUACUUACAGCCUAUGCUCGACAUAACCCCUCAGUUGGAUACUGUCAGGCCAUGAAUUUCUUUGCUGCCUUGUUACUGCUCUUGAUGCCUGAAGAAAAUGCGUUCUGGACUUUGAAGGGCAUUAUUGAUGAGUAUUUUGAUGGCUAUUUCUCAGAGGAAAUGAUUGAGUCUCAGGUUGACCAACUUGUCUUUGAGGAGUUGGUGCAUGAGAGAUUUCCAAAACUUGUCAGUCAUCUGGAUCACCUGGGAGUUCAAGUGGCAUGGGUUACUGGACCUUGGUUCCUUUCCAUUUUUAUGAACAUGCUUCCAUGGGAAAGUGUUCUUCGAAUCUGGGAUGUGUUCUUGUUUGAAGGAAAUCGCGUUAUGAUUUUUAGGGCAGCACUUGCUCUUAUAGAGUUUUAUGGCCCUGCACUACUUACAACUAAGGACGCAGGGGAUGCAGUUACUUUGCUACAAUCAUUGGCUAGCUCAACAUUUGACAGUAGUCAACUUGUAUUGACAGCUUGUAUGGGUUACCAAAAUGUAAAUGAACAAAUAUUAUGUGAGUUAAGAGAAAAGCAUCGGUCAGUUGUAAAAGCUGCAGUUGAGGAAAGAUUAAGGGGGCUUCAAAUUUGGAGAAAGUCUCAGGGCCUGGCAAAGCUAUAUAGUUUUAAGCAUGAUCAUAACGUGGUGCUUACGGGAACAAAUAAGACAAGACAACUGGUUGAUUCAAAAACUAAUGAGAACAUUUCUCGUUUAGAAUCCAAUUCAAUGAAUGCGGAUGAAGACCAUUUUUCAGAUCCUGUUCCUGAUCUUAAACAGCAGGCUAUAGGGUUAAAGGUUGAGUUGUGCAGGUUGCUGGAAGAGAAAAAAUUAGCUGUCCUCAGGUCUGAGGCGCUGGAGACGGCUUUGAUGGAGAUGGUUAAGCAGGACAAUCGACACCAAUUAAGUGCUAGGGUGGAGCAAUUAGAGCAAGAAAUUGGUGAGCUUCGUAACGCACUCUCUGAGAAGCUUGAACGAGAACAUGCAAUGCUUCAGGUCCUAAUGCACAUGGAGCAACAUCAAAAGGAAACAGAAGAUGCUCGCAUGUCUGCUGAACAAGAUGCAGCUGAACAAAGAUUUUCUGUUGAAGUGCUUCAGGGAAAGUAUGACGAGGCCGUUGGUAAACUUGCUCAACUGGAGAAAAGAGUGGUAAUGGCAGAAUCAAUGUUAAAGGCUACCUUUAAAGCUCAACCUCCUCUUUAUCCACGAUCAUCUCAGCCAGGUUUACCACCACGCAAGAAUAAAGAACUCCAACAAGAGAUACCCUCCAGCUCGAUUGAUUUAUUUGUUCGACCACUUGUACUUAACUGGCAUGACAGGAUCAAGGCAAAGAUCAGUAACACCGAUGAGCCAAAUGAUGGGAAGUCCUCUAUUGAGGGUCAGAAUACCGAAGUAAGGCAGACAGAUACAAAGGCUUCAGAAAACAACAGCACGGAUGCGAAUGACGAGGAUGCAAGCGGCACCGAAGGUCAAGGUAAGGAGUGAAAUGUUGCUAAUAUGUCAUGUUAAUAACUGCAUAUAUAUCCUUCAUUUGCUGCCUUCAGUUCAAUUCUUACAUUCAUUGGGCUCUGUAUAUCAUUUUUCUUCAUCACUGCCAUUUGUGGGGAGAAGUUGCAAAUAUUUUAACUGGAAAAUCGAUAUAAAGCUCGUAUCGGUUGUUGUUUGCCUUGGCUGCUAUUAGAUUACAAUGUUGGUUCUGGUUCCUAGAAGUAAAGAGCAUGUAAGAAAGGAGAUGAGUUGGUAAUCAACUGUAAGUCCUUUAGCGAGAAAAA